CAUACAAGAAGAAUAGGAAGUAUGAAGACGACAGGAAAAAACAAAUCCACAUCUCAGCGCUACAGAGCAGCUGCAAGCAUAAACCACAUGGGUCUCUUUUCUAUAUUUUUCUGGUGUAGCUGAAGCUGCAUCCUGUAGAAGCAACACUGUUAGUGGAGAGUUGCUGAAGUGCUGCCAAUGUAAUGAUGAGCGAAUCACUGGAGAGGACCACCGACUGUCCCUUGCCUCUUCUUAAAGAGGACUCCAGACAAGAUGACAAAGGGCAGCUGACAGGUGAAAAUGAGCUCCGGUGGGAGGACGGAGGCCUACCUCUGGAGCUACAGAGAGGGAUCGAGGCUCUGCGAGUGAAUGGAGAGCUGACUGACGUGACGCUGUGUGUUCAAGGACAAGACUUCCUCUGUCACAGAGCCAUAAUCGCCGCUGCCAGUCAGUAUUUCAGGGCCAUGUUUUGCAGCGGUCUGAAGGAGAGCCGUGAAGAGCGUGUGGAAAUAAAGGGUUUGGACAGUGGGACAAUGCGCGCCCUCCUGGAUUAUACAUACACCAGCCAAGUCACCAUCACACACGCAAACGUUCAGAGAAUACUGGAGGCUGCCAGUCAAUUCCAGUUCAUGCGAGUGGUGGAUGCAUGUACUGGCUUCCUGAGCAAGUCUCUGCAUUUAGAAAGCUGCAUCAGCAUCCUCAAUCUAGCUGACAGUCACGCCCUGAAUGGCCUGAAGACCCAGGUUCAGGAAUACAUUAUCUCACAGUUCUCUCAGGUAGUCCAGCAGCAGGACUUCCUGGAGUUGCCAGCAGAUGCUCUGGAGAACAUCCUCCAGAGGGACGACUUGAAUGUGUCGUGUGAGGAACAUGUUUUUGAGGCGCUGAUGCGCUGGAUGAGAGCGCAGCAGGAAGAACGCUGCUCUUUAUUGGCGAGGCUGCUCUCACAUGUACGACUGCCGUUACUGGAGCCAGCAUACUUUGUGGAAAAAGUGGAGACGGAUGAGCUGAUUCGCAGUUGCAAUGAGGUGUUCCCACUGCUGCAGGAGGCUCGAGCUUAUCACCUCUCCGGCGUAGAGGUGGUAAAUGAACGGACCAAACCCCGCGUGCAGCACUUCCUGUCUGAGGUGUUCCUGAUCAUUGGAGGCUGCACGAAAGACGAACACUUCAUUGCCACCGUCACCUGUUUCGACCCUCUUAGACGCAGCAGGCUGGAGGUUGCCAAACUGCCAAUCACAGAGAUGGAAGAUGAGUUGCAAAACAGAAAAUGGGUGGAGUUUGCCUGCAUCACAUUCCGCAAUGAAGUUUACAUAUCUGGAGGCAAAGAGACACAGCACGAGGUUUGGAAAUAUAACGGUGCUCUGGACAAAUGGAUUGCAAUAGAACCCAUGAAAAUAGGCCGCUGGAGACACAAAAUGGCAGUCCACGCAGGAAAGGUCUAUGCACUGGGUGGAUUUGAUGGCAUUCACAGACUGACAAGCGUAGAGGCUUAUGAUCCUUUUCACAAUCGCUGGACUCAGGAGGUACCACUUGUGCUAGGUGUAAGCUCUUUUGCGGCCACAAGCUUUGAGAGAUGGAUCUACGUAAUUGGGGGAGGACCCAAUGGGAAGCUGGCCACUGAUACAGUUCAAUGCUGGGAACCAGAGACACAAUCUUGGGAACUACGCGCACCAAUUCCCAUUGAAACCAAAUGCACCAAUGCAGUCACAUUCAGAAAGUGCAUAUAUGUGGUUGGUGGCGCCAUGCAUGCCAUGUACUGCUACUCCCCUCUGAUUGACUCCUGGACUCUUGUGACUCCUCUGGGUGAAAGGGCAAGCUGUGCCAUUGCUGGAUGUAACAACAAACUCUUCAUCACGGGGGGACGGGACAACAAGAACCAAAUCAUCUCCACCGUGAUGUGCUGGGAUGUGGACAGAGGACUGCUGACUGAGGAGUGUGUUCUACCUUUGGGUGUCUCGCACCACGGCAGUGUGACACUCAUGAAGUCCUACACUCAUAUACACAAAAUUCCACCACCGUCAGAGCAACGGUAACACAGGACGUUAUCAGAAGCAAAAUCAGAUGUGACUGGACUGAUAGAAAUGCUUCUGUGUGCUUAACAGCGCUUGUUAUAUUUCUGAGAUACGGCUUUGUUGUAUUAAAGGUCCAGUUCACUGUUUUUUAAAAAAGUAGCUGGUACUGUAGCAGCUUCGCUAUCUCCGCUGUCUGCAAACAGACAUGUCUGGAGUUAUUAUCUCUUGUGCCAGUUGCCCUGUGAUUUCAGUCUCUCGAAUUUCUUUCUAAAGUAAUGUUUCCAAACUGUAUUCUUGAAAACAAUCCAGUUGUCAAAAGUGAGUAGACUACUUGAUUGGCAACAGUUUUGUAGUAUGAACAGAGUUACAGAAAAGUCAACUUAUCCUUUAACAGCACUAAUUUUAUAAGUGAAUUCUAUAA